AUGGGUUCAAUAGGAACCCCAAUCCCACCCCCAGACCUCAACAAACUCCUUCCUCCACUCCCCCUCCCCUUCCCCUUUCUCUCCGAGCCAGACGAGAAUCCCAAGAGCAUGUUCGAAGAACAAACCGAUCGAUGCUUCCAAGAGAGAGCCGCAGAGAAAUACAUCCAAAUCCUAACGCGCGACAGCUCCGUCCGCCACCCGGAACACGAGGCCGACGAGCCAGAAACUAGUUCAACAAGGAACGAAACUCACAGAUACCAACUCCAGUCCACCUCCAAACAACUCCCCAUCUUCCAAAGACGAGAAGUAGAUCUCCGAGCCCCCCAAAACGAAGCCGGCCCCCUCAUACAGAUACCCAAAUCUCAACCUAUAGGUAGAAUGGUCCGCACCGGGAAGAUAUACAGAGUCGAAUCCUUCCGCUCAGGCAUCCCCUUGGUCCCAGCCACCGUCGAGCAGCAGCCUAUUGUCAUAAAGGACGUAGGCGCUAGGCGCUCCGCUCGGCUUGUUACUUAUAGUGAGAUGCCACAAGCCGCCAAGGUUCGUAGCUCACGGGGCGAGAUCUUGGACUCGCCGGCUUCGACAAAGGGACCUGGUCAGAGCCCUUCCUCGGACAGUUCUUCUCCGUUUGCUCGACGAACUGGUGGGGGUACGCAGGCGCCGAGCCCGGUGAUACGUCGUGUAAGGGGCCUAUUUAAUUUGAGACCGGAUCUCUCAAUUCUGACGUCGGCACCACAGCAGGUAUCGAGAAAUGGCGACUCGAGUCUAACAAGUGCCGAAGAGAGAAAACUCCGAGUGUCGAGGAGGGGUCCGCGCAUAACCCCGAACGGUUUCCCUACGGGACUUUUCAGGAGUCUGACCGUGCCAAGGCGGGACGCAGCUCUAAACUACGCUCGGCCGCUCCUCUCGAAUCGCCUGCAAGCGCAGGACGCACAGUAUACGCGGGGUGCAAGCGUGGCCUCGAGGCAACAUGUGCAACAAUCGGUUGAUUUUUUCAAUCCCCUCGGAUCAUCAAGUCUCUCUAGCGACUCUACAGCCACGACUUCUGAUCAGUCCAAGAACAGCGGGACGUAUACGCAACGCGGCGACCUCGUGUCCAGUCAACUCAACCAGACGGCAGGAGCUUGCGUCAAUAACCAGCGACGAAGACCCUUGGCCAGGUCUUCUAGUGAUCCCAGAUCAUCGUCUCACGCGACGGAGAGGGGUGCGCAAUAUACACAGAGGCUGCAUCGAGCAUCGGAUCGCCUCGACGAAGUUGCCAACAGGCCCUCAGGAUCGAACCUUUCCAGGCUAUCCACCAACACGAUCUACGACUACCAAGACUACUACCCCGAGCACUCCGCACCAAACCCGCAUCUCAACCCAGACGGAAACAACAGCCCCCAUUACAAUAACACAACACCCAGACCCCACCGAGCUCUAUCAGAGACAGCCAACUCAGCAGCGCUAGAAGAAUUAAUCACCCAGAUGGAACGAGAAGGGGAAGAACUCGUGCAAGAGUUCGGGGAAAUGGCGAGGCCGUAUUCUCCAGUCCUGUCUAGCGCUUUGUACGCUAAUCUUCCAGAGGUAGAAGUGGCUACCGAAGUUGACGAUGACGCUGGAGCUCAGGUGGGGCCGUUAUCGCCGAACAGGCGGGCUGCGACCAGGUACGGACCGUACGGGAAUAGGAACGGGGAUUGGGAUGGAAGAUGGACUGGACACUGGACAUAA